AUAAUAAGUAAGAUAAAAAAACAUACAUAGUAUAUCAUUUAGUACAGAAGUGAUUAUCUACAGCACCCCUUAGUCUUGGAACUGGUAGAACUUGAACGGUGUGGCAGUUGACAUCCCAUUUUCCACAAGAUUAAGCAUUUAAAAUCAAGCUUUUCUUUCUUCAAUGCAAACUCUUUUCUGUCUGUCCUAGAAUAUAGCAUUUCGCCAUAUAUAACAUUCCUUUCCAGUCCAGCCUCCAUGACUCUGAGUCCUGCUGACAUAACGAUUACACGCUGGUUUGUACUUUCUGCACAGACUCUUGCAAGAAUGUAGAUAUGCUGCCGGAAACUUCAGGUUAGUAGCAAAACGAACCUCAAAGUCCAACUCUCAGUAACGACAACAGGAGCACAGAGUUUAUUGCAGCAUUAUUGCCUCGGUGCCUGAAGAUGCCUGCAGUGUGCCUGCAAUGUGUGAGACCCAUCCUGUGCCUCAGCAGAAGAACUUAUUCCAAAACACCAGGGCAGCUGAAGCUGAAAUAUGAUGCAGUGAUCAUUGGAGGAGGACACAACGGCCUCACAGCGGCGGCCUACCUACAGAAAUCUGGGGUGAACACGGUGGUCCUUGAGAGGCGGCAUGUGAUUGGAGGAGCAGCGGUUACCGAGGAGAUUAUUCCAGGUUUUAAGUUCUCGAGAGCAUCUUACCUGCUCAGUCUCCUGAGACCUCAGAUUUAUAAAGACCUGGAACUUAAGAGACAUGGUUUGAAAAUUUAUUUCCGUGAUCCUCAUUCAUUUACUCCAAUACUGGAAAGUGGGAAUGGACGCCCGAGGUCUCUCCUGCUAGGGGCAGAUAUGUCCGAGAACCAGAGGCAGAUAGCCCAGUUUUCUGAAAAAGAUGCACAGGCAUAUCCAGAAUAUGAACAUUUUAUGAAUCUGCUGGUAUCUGCAAUAGACCCCCUCAUCGAUGCACCCCCAGUAGACACAGCGGCUUUAGCUCAGGGGCCACUAAUGCGCAGGCUGAAGUCACUUUAUGCGCUCCGACCAUUAAUUAAAGCAGGAAUUACACUGGGGAGCCAAGUUCCCAAAUAUUAUGAAGUCCUUACUGCUCCAAUAUCUAAGAUUCUAGAUCAGUGGUUUGAGUCGGAACCCUUGAAAUGCACUUUGGCCACAGACGCCGUCAUCGGGGCAAUGACAAGUCCAGACACACCUGGAAGUGGGUACGUGCUGCUGCAUCACGUUAUGGGAGAACUGGAAGGGAAGAAAGGUUCAUGGGGUUAUGUGGAAGGAGGAAUGGGGAUGGUCUCCAACGCUAUCGCCAACGCUGCUGUGGAGCUGGGGGCUGAGAUCUACACAGAGAAGGCAGUAGAGAAUAUCCUAGUGGAUGGCAGUGGUAAUGCUAGUGGCGUAGUGCUGCAUGAUGGUACAGAAGUACACAGCAAGCUGGUCCUGUCUAAUGCGCCACCUCACCAUACAUUUUUGAAAUUGGUUCCAAAGGAGCAAUUGCCUCAGGAGUUUAUAACAACGAUCUCACAGUUUGAUGCCAAGUCCCCUGUUACUAAGAUAAAUGUGGCUGUGGACCGGCUACCCAACUUCUUGUCCAUACCAAAUCCAGCCGACGGCAAGCCGCUACCGCACCACCAGUGCUCCAUCCAUCUGAACAGCGAGAGUAUGCAGCUGCUGAACGAGGCCCACGCGGAUGCCUGCAAGGGAAUGCCUGCACGGCGGCCGAUGAUUGAGCUCUGCAUCCCCUCAUCUCUGGACCCUACUCUUGCACCCCCUGGUUGUCAUGUCAUUUCGAUCUUCUCCCAGUACACGCCAUACACUCUGGCUGAGGGCAAGACAUGGAACGAAGAAGAAAAGAAUAAAUACGCUGACAAUGUGUUCGGCUGGAUAGAAAAAUACGCUCCCGGUUUCCGGGCGUCUGUGAUAGGCAGAGACGUCCUCACGCCACCAGAUCUGGAGAAGCUAAUCGGCCUCCCAGGAGGGAACAUCUUCCAUGGCAGUAUGUCUCUGGAUCAGUUAUAUUUUGCACGCCCGAUACCAAAAUUCUCCAAUUAUAGGACACCCAUAAGUGGUCUUUACUUGUGCGGCAGCGGAGCACAUCCAGGAGGAGGUGUCAUGGGAGCCCCGGGACGAAAUGCAGCUCUGGUAGCUCUGCAAGACCUUAAAGGAUGAUUCCCAAUUUAAACAAAUGACUUCCAUUAAAUAUUUGAAGCCCAAA